GUCAUAUUCCAGCUGUUAGUAUUUCAAAACUUCUUUGUCAAGAACCUUGCAUUGUUUCCAGAGUUGCAAAAAUACGUUGUAGUUCUCCCAGUCUUUAUUUUUCUGAUUAUGUUCUGGUUGUCUCUGCACGUCUCCGGAAGGGAAUGCUUUGUCCAUCCUGAUGGACAUCAAAAAGACAAGGGGAGACUUGCUAACGUGUUUGAUUUCUUUUCUCAGUAUUUCUGGCUUCUUGUCCUCUCACGAGGUUUGGUUGGCAUCGGUGAAGCAAGUUAUUCCACUAUUGCACCAACCAUCAUAGGAGACCUUUUCACCAAAAACACAAGGACCCUCAUGCUGUCUGUUUUCUACUUUGCAAUUCCUCUUGGCAGUGGUUUGGGAUACAUCACUGGGUCAAGUGUGAAGCAGGUUGCUGGAGACUGGCACUGGGCAUUGCGGGUAUCUCCACUCCUGGGAAUGAUAACAGGGACACUCAUCUUGAUAUUUGUACCUGCUGCUAAAAGAGGAAAUGUUGAACAACUUGGAGGACAACUGAAGGCUCGGACCUCAUGGCUAAGAGACAUGAAAGCACUGAUUAGAAACCGCAGCUAUGUGUUCUCAUCGUUGGCCACCUCAGCUGUCUCCUUUGCCACAGGGGCACUUGGCAUGUGGAUCCCUCUUUACCUUCACAGAGCACAGGUUGUACAGAAGACAGCAGAGACCUGCAGCUCACCUCCCUGCAGCACCAAAGAUAGCUUGAUCUUUGGAGCAAUCACAUGCUUCACUGGUUUCCUGGGUGUAAUCACAGGGGCUGGAGCAACCAAAUGGUGCCGGUUAAAAACCCAGCGAGCUGAUCCUCUCGUCUGUGCUGUUGGCAUGCUAGGAUCAGCCAUCUUCAUCUGUCUGAUCUUCGUUGCUGCCAAGAGCAGCAUCGUAGGGGCCUAUAUUUGCAUUUUUAUCGGAGAAACUCUUCUGUUUUCAAACUGGGCUAUCACAGCAGACAUACUAAUGUAUGUGGUCAUUCCAACACGCCGUGCAACUGCAGUGGCCUUGCAGAGUUUCACUUCACACCUCCUGGGAGAUGCUGGCAGUCCUUAUCUGAUUGGAUUU